AAGUCACUCCAAUGGCAGACAGCAAAGUCUGAAAUUUUCUCCAUACUCCCAAAUAUUUCAAUGGCAGAAAGCAAACUCACUUCCCUGGAUGAUGAUCUUAGAUCUGUGAAGAUAAUCGAGAUCUGUAGAGUGGCUCCUCAGCAGUCGGAGGAUUCACUUGCGCCGUCGUCGUUUUCUCUAACCUUCUUCGACCUUCUAUGGCUUAGGUUCCAUCCCAUCCAACGUCUUUUCUUCUACGAAUUAUCAUCUACUUACACGUCCUUUCUCGACGCCAUUGUUCCAAAGCUCAAGAUCUCUCUCUCCCUUGCUCUCCGCCACUAUCUUCCCCUUGCUGGCAACCUCGUUUGGCCCCAAAAUGCUGCCGCCCCAACCGUCGAGUUCGUCGAAGGUGAUCGCGUUUCGUUCACGGUGGCCGAGUCCGACACCGACUUUUACCAUCUUUCUGACAACAACUUUCGUGAAGUUACUGAAUAUCAUCCUCUUGUCCCCGAACUGCCUGUGUUCCAUGAUCGUGCUGCAGUGAUUGCUAUUCAGGUGACUUCAUUAAAAAAAGGAGGGUUUUCCAUUGGAAUAACCAACCACCACGCAGUUAUGGAUGGAAGAACAGUGACUUCGUUUGUAAAGACAUGGGCUCGUAUUUGCAAUCUUGGAGGAUCAUCACCUAUUCCGACCGUCGAGGCGAUGCCGUUCUACGACAGGUCGGUUAUCGACGACGCGGCAGGUCUGUCGGCGGUUUACGCCAACGUAUGGCAGAAUUUGGAAGGAUCCAACAACAGGAGCCUGAACCUUAAACUACCCAAAACUCCACCUGGUUUAAUCCGAUGCAGUCUUGAACUCACCCCCAGAAACUUACAAAAGCUAAAACAAUGGGUUUUGAAGAAGCGAGGGAACAAUGAUGAGCAUGUAUCUUCAUUUGCUUUGGCAACUGCUUACCUUUGCGUAUGCACCGCAAAGUCUGAAGGUUUAAGAGAUGGAAAGUUUGUGUUCGGAUUUGCUGCUGAUGCGAGAACUCGUUUAAAACCGCCAGUGCCUUCAAAUUACUUUGGCAAUUGUUUGGUUGCUUGUUUUGUUUUUAUGGAAAGAAGUGAGAUUUUGGGUGAAAAUGGAAUGGUUGUGGCUAGCGAGGCAAUCUCAGAAGCUAUUAGAAAUUUGGGAGAAACAGCAUUAAAGGGAGCAGAAAAUUGGUGCUCAUUAAUGGCUGAAAUUAUCAGUGAUAAUUCUCAAUCAGCAGGCUUUAUUUCCAUUGCUGGGUCACCUAGAUUUGGAGAUUAUAGUGCAAAUUUUGGGUGGGGAAAGCCAAGGAAGGUGGAAAUCGCGUCGGCUGAGUCAUCAUUAGAGUUUUCUUUCACAGAUACUCCAAAUGGUGACGGUGGAAUAGAGAUUGGAGUGGUUAGGGAAAGAGAUGAAAUGGAAACUUUCGUCACUCUAUUUGCCCAAGGUUUUGAGUGUCUUUGAAAGAACAGAUUGGCAAAAGUUUACAUAUUUGAGUAUAUAGAUUUUAGUUUAGUUCGUUGGAUCUGUAUUUUUUAUCAAAUAAAGUAGCAUGUUUAUUA